GUUUUAAAAAAAACCAAAAACAGCCAACAGCGUGAAAAAAUUGUAAUUGCGUUUUUAAGCAAAUUUCCUGCAAAAAACAACGCAUUAUGUCCUAUCAGCUGUACCGCAACACCACUCUGGGCAACACGUUGCAGGAGAGUCUCGACGAGCUCAUCCAGUACGGCCAGAUCACGCCAGGACUGGCUUUCAAGGUGCUCCUCCAGUUCGACAAGAGCAUCAACAACGCCCUCAACCAGCGCGUAAAGGCACGCGUUACCUUUAAGGCGGGCAAGCUGAACACCUAUCGUUUCUGUGACAAUGUCUGGACGCUCAUGCUGAACGAUGUGGAGUUCCGCGAGGUGCACGAAUUCGUCAAGGUUGACAAGGUGAAGAUUGUGGCCUGCGAUGGCAAGAGCGAGUUUUAGCGCUGUCAUUGGCCAGCAAAUAGUUCUAAUUCUAAGAUUUAUAAUUGUUAAGUACCCUUUAUAUCACAUCCAUCAUUGAUAAAGAGUAGACGACCAUCCAGAACUUUUCAAGACGCAAAGAACUGGUCGAAGUCUUUGGUCGUCGAAUUCCAAAAUACAUAUUGUAAAACUGUU